AUGUCUGUGCUGCCGUUGGCCUUCUGGGUGCCCUGCAGGCUGCCUGCCGCCGAGCUUCUUCCGGCCGCGGCCGAGCCGUUGGCUCCGGGGAUGGAGGCUGUGCCGCGGCCGCCGUCACAAGGCCGAAAGGUUGCAAGACAACGGUGGAACUCGCAAGAGGACCCGCUCCACACGGCCCUGCAGCGGGGAGGCAGAAAGCCGAGCGUUUAUCUCGGCAGCUGCCGCCAGUCCCAGCAGCGUGCAGUGACCGCGACGCCAUUUGUCAAGCCCACGACGCCGCUGCCUCCACCCGUGCGGGAACUCCUACCAAUGCAUGAUUUGUCAGAGACUGCCCAGCUGAGCUUCGAGAACACUCUGGAAUACAUGAUGGGCUUUCGACAACUCCACCAGGGUCGAGGACUGGAGGGCUAUCAAGAUAAGAUCGCGCUGACGGAGGCGUUCCGGCAGCGGAAACUGCCCGUUCCCCGUACCUUCUUCUCGGCCUACGGCUCUGAUUUCGAUGUGCGCCCUACGAUCGAGGCCUUAACAAAUGAUGGCCGUGGCUACGUGGCCAAGGCUUCUCACCUGUGCUGCUCGCGCGCGGUCUUCGUUGUGGACGCAGGCAUCGAUCGCUUGACGAACCUGUCGGUCAGCGCAGAUGAGAUCCAGGCGGUGCUCCAGGAGGCCUCCCGACGGCCCUUCACUGCUGCCGAGAUUGAUCCCCGCUGUGGCGACUGGGGAACAGUCCAGGCUGGUCACACGCCCGGAGUGCUCGUCGAGGAGCUGCUCGUUCCCUCUUCGCCCGUCUCCGAGCUUUUGGCUGAGACGGGUGCUACUGACUGGGUCUCUCCGGACUCCAUUGCCUGUCAUUUGGUGUGGUCCGUGCUCUACAUGUGCAGCUGGGAGAUCAAGGUCCGUUUGCCCACUGGCGAGAAGAAAUCUGAGCCCUUGGGGGACAUCUUCCGUGACGGCUCUUGCCUGCGAUGCAAAGUGCCGCUCCCGCUCCAGGACUGGCCUUCUACCGUGUCUCUCCUGGAGAACCUCUUGCCACACACAGACUACGUUCGGAUCUCCUUCUUCAUGAAGGAAGGAUGGCCCGUCCUGAACGAGGUGGAGUACACCACCGGCGGGUUGGAAGUGAUCUACGUUCCACUGGCACGCGAGUGGAACCUGCAAUGGCUCGAAGGUUACUAUCGAUUCGUCACCUGA